AUGGAUUCUCCGGUGGGCGCCACGCUGGCUCCCCCCGCUGUUGCCUCUUUGAGAGGGCAACAGGCCGGCGUUAUGGAAAGGUCCUUGAGCCAGGACAUUCGGGAGGAACGGGAGGAACUUCGUGAAGCCGCCGAGCAGACCCUCAAUACCAUUGUUGACCUCAAUCUCGACGGGACUAUCAAAUGGGUUAGUCCAUCCUGGACUGACGUUGUCGGCACAGAGUUCGAAUCCGUCAACGGCCUCCCUAUAUCAGACCUGAUCGUGAGCGACAACAAAUCUGUCUUUACCGACGUCGUCGAGUCAAUGCAGAAGGACGACUCCCGCAGCCAUCGAGUACGCUUUGCCAUUCAACUUGGGCCCCUCUCGAAACUCCUGUCCAAACAAGAGGUUGAAGAUGCCGACCCCGAAUCCGAGAGCCCGCGGUUGCAGGCCCUCGACCUCGAAGCCCAAGGGAUCAUGGUGUACGACAGUGUAUCGGGCGGUGAGAGUCACACCAUGUGGAUGCUGCGGCCGUGGAUCGCGCCUCGAGAGAUCAAAAUUGACCUCCCCACCGUCAUUGUUAAUUCGCUGGGUUCUGGUGCUGAAGUUCUUGCCGGCUACCUAACCCAACUUGCGGACUGUGGCUUAGACAACCCCGAGGAACAAGACCCCCCACCUCCGGUGCUUUGCCGCAUCUGCGAGCGCAAGAUCCCACGUUGGUGGUUCGAGAAGCACACCGAUCUAUGCCUCCAAGAACACCGAGCCGAGAUGGACGUACAGAUGGCUCAAGAAAACUUGACCGAGCAUCGCCACUCCAUUGUCAAGGUCCUCGAUGCCCUGGAAGCCCGCAAAAGCCGCUCCACGACCGGCGAACCAUCCUCGAUCCCGAACGCCGAGUACAAGGGAUUGCCCAUCGGACCACCACCGUCAACACAAUCUUCGCCUGGUAGCUCCCUCCCUCGGUCAAGAGAGCGGUCCGGUGGAUUUGGGCAUGCUAGGGCCCGUUCAUUUGCCAUUCGACGACCACAGGCUCGAAUUGUUGAACUCUUGAUGGACCUGUGUGACACAGCCAUCGAAGUCAGCACACCCGCCAUCAAGGAGUCUUCCACUCAACAAGCGAACGGCGAUUUCCGCACACAAUCACCACAAUCGGAAUCACGGAUUUCGCAAGUUCUCCAUUGGCAGUCACCGAGUACAAACACGCUGGAGCAAGAGCAAGGGUUGGCUCUCCUGUGUUCUGAUACAGAAAAAGUCGCCAGGUCCAAGGUCGAUGCCGUAUUUCGUCACAGGAAGAUCAUUGAAUAUGCAGAGCGUAUUCGGAUCGAGCUGGCGGUUCUUGUUCAAGACUGCAUAGAUGAGGCGUUGAGGAAGGCGGCUCGUAUUGCUGCUGGCGAGCUCACGGACUCGACGGAGGAUGGAGAUGACGAGCUCCAUGAAACAUAUGAGGAGUGUGACCAAGAAGCAGGGGAAGCGGAAGUCUCUUGUGAACCCCAUGAGGAUGACAACUACGCCGAACCUUUGAACAGUCCUUCUGUUCUGGCUGCGGCUUUGCGUCAGAUGGAUAUAUCCGACCGACGCAAUCGUUCACGACCAACUUCGUUCAUUGCCUCAACGAGAUCGAGCAGCCCCAAGGAGUGCCCGACCCCUCGAUCCCACUUCGGCGGCCCCAGUGGCUUGGGACCUCAGCUUCGGGAUAAUCGCAGAGACUCGAUCUAUCUCGAGAGCGAGACUGCAGACAGCGAAGGGAGCAUGCGAUCCUCGUCAGUUGCAUCCCGCAACUACCCCAGGACCGAGUCCCCUAUUUCUGAGUUUGGAGACCUCAGACGAGCUGCUAGCACUAGGCAACGCCAUCGGCGAAGCCUGAUCCUUCCUGGAGCCACAUCUCCUCGACGCCAGGAAUCACCUUCCCGACCCCAGCCGCCUGCCUCCCCUUUGCGGAUCAAGGCCCGAGGUUUUCCCAUGGCCCAAGACGGCAUUGUUUCUCCUGAAGCGUCACCCAUGCUCCCGGGCAGUGACUUUAGUUCUCCCGCCCCAAUCCCUACCAAGCACCAUCGAAGGCAGUCCUCAGCUGCCAUAUCUGACUUUGUUAUGAAGCCACCACCUUCACCACGCCUAGGUCCAAACCAAGCUCCUCCUCAACCCCGACCGACACAACCUUCGAUCAAAGAUUUCGAGAUCAUCAAGCCAAUCAGUAAGGGAGCUUUCGGAAGUGUCUAUCUUUCCAAGAAGAAGUCCACAGGAGAGUACUUUGCAAUCAAGGUUCUCAAGAAGGCAGACAUGGUUGCAAAGAAUCAAGUGGGUAAUGUCAAGGCUGAGCGUGCCAUCAUGAUGUGGCAAGGAGAAAGCGAGUUUGUUGCUAAGCUUUACUGGACAUUUUCCAGCAAAGACUACCUCUACCUUGUCAUGGAAUAUCUCAAUGGUGGUGAUUGUGCUUCCCUGAUCAAAGUUCUGGGCGGCCUUCCUGAGGAUUGGGUCAAGAAGUAUUUGGGUGAAGUUGUCUUGGGUGUUGAGCACCUUCACAGCCGAGGCAUUAUCCAUCGAGAUUUGAAGCCAGACAACCUUUUGAUCGAUCAGAAAGGCCACCUCAAGCUCACUGAUUUUGGAUUGUCUCGCAUGGGUUUGGUGGGACGACAGAAGCGAGCUCUGAAUAGCGAGAAUUCUGAUGGGACGCCUGACUUGCUCAAGCAAGGGCCGUUUGCCCGGUCAACAUCAAUUGCGUCCUCGCGAUCCACCUCCCUGGACUUACACGGCCACGCUAAUUCCCCAAGCAUGACACCACAGAUGACUCCGGAUGUCGGUAGCUUCCAGCCGUCCUAUUUUAGCCUGGGCCAAGAAACUCGCCGGGUUUCUGGUAGUCGCCGGAGCGACAGUGGUGGAAGCGAGUCACUGGCACACAUGGUCACGAACUUCUCUCUAAACGAUUCCGAGGCGGGAUCGCAGGCAAACAGCCUGAAAUCGCCAUUGGAUGAAGAAGCAAUUGCACAUGGCUCACCAGAUCUGCCGGCGCAUUUUGCUCACCGUAUGAGCAUGGAUGGUGGCCACAGGAACUCUCUCACGCCAGCAAACAUGAUGCCUCCCCCCAUGGCCCUUUUCAACCCGGAGGACACGAAUCGACGAUUUGUGGGCACUCCUGACUACCUAGCCCCUGAAACCGUCAAGGGUGAUAAGCAGGACGAGACUAGCGAUUGGUGGUCCGUAGGCUGCAUUCUGUUUGAGUUCCUUUACGGAAUUCCGCCUUUCCACGCCGGGGAGGCCGAACACGUUUUCGAAAACAUUCUUGCACGUAAAAUCCAAUGGCCGGACGAGAACGAGUGCGAGCCUGUGUCCGAAGAAGCGAAGGACCUCAUCAACAAACUACUGUGCAUGGAGCCUCAACAGCGCCUGGGCUCUAACCUGGACGACAAGUUCUCCUCUGGUGGAGAGGAAAUCCGUAACCAUUCAUGGUUCCAAGAUGUGAACUGGGAAACGCUUGUUGAGGACGAGGCUCAAUUUGUACCCGAGCCAGAGAAUCCCGAGGACACAGAAUACUUUGACGCCAGAGGCGCAGUUUUGCAAUCUUUUGCGGAGGAGAUGGAAGACCAAACCUCACCGCCGUCCUCUACGGCUGGCUCCGAGUACCCUGAACGGCCGCAUGAUGCCCUUUCUCGAGUACGAUCGCAAGUCAACUCGAUGAAUCGGAAACUCAUGCCUCUGCAUAUUCCGCCCCAUGUGCGAGACUUGAAGUCCAGGCGACUGAGUGAACCAGUCGCCGUGGAUGAUUUCGGGAACUUUACCUUUAAGAAUCUUCCUGUCCUAGAGAAGGCCAACAAAGACGUGAUCCAGAAACUGCGGGCAGAGGCGCUGGCCGCCCAGAGCAAGCCGUCUUCCGUUAGUUCCGGAGGUGUUGGCGGCAUCUCGCCCGGACCGUCACUUGAAGGAAGCCCCGUUCUCUCCAACCCGAUCCAAAGGACCAUCUCCAAUGCCAAAGCAACGAACCGACCACAGUCACCGUCUGGCUUCAACCAUUCAAACGCCUCUCCAAGUCGGAUUUCCCAGCCAUCCUCUCCGUUGCUUGUUUCGUUCGUGGCUGGACAAGGGGUUGAGGGACGAAGAAAGGCUUCCAGUAACUCGUCGAGUCUUUCCCACCAAUCAGGUGCAUCGCUCCAGCCAAACUCGGCAUUCGAGAUUCCAAAGGUUCCGCCCAGCCUCCAGAAGGCCGCUACCACAGUGGGGGCAUCCCCUGCCAAGAGCCGAGGGACGGGACCUCCGCCUCCCCUCUCCUUGUCGCCACAAAAGACUGUUUCGACUCCACGACAGUCAAGCAACUCUUCUACUGGUCGAUCGCGGUCUUUGACCGUGGGAUCCCAGUCGCAAGACGGCAGCCCUAUUGCGUCUGACAUUUUGCAUCACCAUCGAAACCGAAGGAGCCAGGUGUUUGAUAUGUCUCCCUCAUCUUCGGAUAACGAGGGAGAGAAGCACAACGCACUCCUCCGAGUUCAGCGACGCAGGCAGAGCUCACGACGACUGUCCCAGAUUGCGUUUGAUGCAGGACCCACCUUCCGGCCGUUGGAUGUCCUCAUUUGCGAAGAUCAUCCUGUAUCGCGGAUGGUGAUGGAGAAGCUGUUGGAGAAACUGCGAUGCCGAACCAUUUCUGUGGCCAAUGGAUCCGAGGCGGUUCGAUACUCGAUGAGCGAGAUCAAAUUUGAUGUCAUCUUUUUAGAGUAUCAGCUGCCUCAAAUCAGCGGAGCAGAUGUGGCACGCAUGAUUCGAGAGACGAAGAAUGCCAAUUCGCACACCCCAAUUGUCGCCAUCACGGCUUACCUGAAGGAACUACAAGCGCCACACUACUUUGACUCGCUCAUCGAGAAGCCCAUUAGUUCAUCAAAGCUGAUUGAGGUCUUGCGAGGCUUGUGCCAAUGGAGACCAGAGUCGCCCGGACCAGGCACAUCGACAGGCAUGCCCAGACCAGUGCCGCUGGGUAUCCGUAAGGCCAACGCCCGAGUGGAAGAUAGCCCAACAUCAACGUCGUCAAUCUACGCUGGGCGCCUGGGCACGGCAAUGAUGUCGAGCCGAGAAGAUUCCAUUAGCUCAUCACUGUUUGGCGACUCGGAGUCGGUGACAACAGAUGAUGUCCCGGUUGUCAUUAGUCGCAAGACGACAAAUGAAUGGGACGAAGGUGGCUUGGGUAUCACCACUGACAAUGACGUCGCGAACGCGUUUGAGGUGCUAGGAAAGCCCAUCCCGCAUCUACUCACCCAGCAGUCGGCCCCUCCAUUGAUGGAGCACGAACCGCGGUCGCUGGAGAGAAAAGCAAGGAAAGACGCGACAGAACGACUGGCCCCGGAGGGUACUGAGUCCGCAGAUGACGAGGACGAUGAGCUGGGAACUAGCCGGGAGAAGCAGCUCGGACGCAGCAGCCAACAAUUACUCGGCAAGGCAGGCCUCCCCAGCUCAAAGCUCGGCAUCGAAAUGAUGCGUGCCAACAGUCACGACAGUGUCACAAUGGGGUCUGAGAGUACGUCCGAGGCUGUGACGCAGGUGGUGACCACGCCUUCCAAAGAGAUGGAAAUGGGAUUGCUGGAGGGUGGGCUUACCGUGUCAGCGCAGACUCCACCGGACCCAAGUCACAACAGUGAGGGCUUCGCCGACAAAACGGGGUCAGACAGCGUUGAUGCGACGCCGCGGCCUCUGCCAACGCGGGCUGGCAUCGACGAAGACGCCGAGGAGGUUACACCCCGACCGGCGAAGUAA